GGGCGAGUUUUCUCUUUUACUCCAGCAACAAGAAGGGGGUAGUGACUCAGUGAGUCCGGGUUGACUCGCUCCCUCCGCCAUCUUUCUUUUCCUUCUUCAGUCUCCCGUCUGUGUGUGUCUACUCCUCACCCAGUCGCUGCUGCAAAACCCUAAUGACCACUCAUCUCCCCGAAAUCCCGACUCCAUUGAAAAGCCAGUAAGAAAAGCUCCAGCUUUCUUCCGAGAAGAGAAGCAUCAUCAUCAUCAUCAUGAUCCGGUCAAAGCUCUCUUCACUCCUGUCGCCUCACCUCCUCAGACCCGCAACACCCAUCAACUCCACGCGGCAAUUUAUUCCUUCCCUGCGGCCUCCGUCUCCUCUGCAGCAUCUGACCAACCCUCGUGGCGGUUCAUCAUGGGGGGAAGUUUUCAGAUCUUAUAGCCUGCUGAGCUUGAACGACCUGAGGGACAAGCAGCCGAAGAAGCAGAAGAAGAGGAAGGGCCGCGGUAUCGGGUCGGGCCUUGGGAAGACGGCGGGUCGCGGGCACAAGGGACAGAAGGCAAGGGGGACCAUGAAGUACGGGUUUGAGGGAGGCCAGACUCCCAUGCGGCGUCGCCUCCCCAAGCGCGGUUUCAAGAACCCAUUUAGCCUCACUUUUCAGCCAGUUGGAUUGGGAAAAAUUGCAAAGCUCAUAAACGCGGGGAAGAUUGAUUCUUCUGAGCUCAUAACUAUGAAAACUCUCAAGGAUGUAGGGGCGAUAGGUAAGCAGAUAAAAGACGGAGUAAGAUUGAUGGGCCGUGGAGCUGAACAGAUUCAGUGGCCCAUUCAUCUUGAGGUGUCCAGAGUUACAGUGAGGGCAAAGGAAGCAGUCGAAGCUGCAGGUGGAUCAGUUCAGAAAGUCUACUACAACAAGUUGGGCUUAAAGGCCCUGAUUAAGCCCGAAUGGUUCGAGAAGAAGGGAAGAUUGCUCCCCAAGCCUGCCCGACCGCCACCGAAGCAGGGGGACAAAGUCGAUAGCAUAGGUCGCCUACCUGCUCCCACAAAACCAAUUCCGUUCAUAGCCGUCGAGAAGGAAGAAGCGCUAUCCAUCUAAGGAAAAGAUCUUGCUGAACUAGCGACUUCGAUUUUUUCUUUAUAAAAUUCAAAUUCAAAGUUUUGGUUCUUUCUGUAGACAUGUUUAACUGUGUUGGGAUCUUAUCCCGAUAUCUUGUGGAAUAACAUGGUAGAUGAGGAAGAGGAAGUGCCUAUAACUGCUCUUUUGAUGUUCUCUGUUCCAUUUGAGUCUCAUUUGGAAGGAAAGUUAUCCUCUAAGAAUUACAAU